AAGGGGAACCAGAGCGCACAAGGGAACUGACUAAGGAGGCAGAGAAGAUGGGUAUCCUCAGCAUAGACUUGCUGAUCACACUGCAGAUUCUGCCAGUUUUUUUCUCCAACUGCCUCUUCCUGGCGCUCUAUGACUCGGUCAUUCUGCUCAAGCACGUGGUUCUGCUGCUGAGCCGAUCCAAGUCCACUCGCGGAGAGUGGCGGCGCAUGCUGACCUCAGAGGGACUGCGCUGCGUCUGGAAGAGCUUCCUGCUCGAUGCCUACAAACAGGUGAAAUUGGGCGAAGAUGCUCCCAAUUCCAGUGUGGUGCGUGUGUCCAGUCCUGAAGGAGGUCCUAACAGUGGAAACAGUGUCCGGGAAAAGACUGUCGAUGGAGUCCAAUGCCACCUUCUUGACUUUGCCAGUGCUGAGCGCCCACUGGUGGUCAACUUUGGCUCUGCCACUUGACCUCCUUUUACCAGCCAGCUGCCUGCCUUCUGCAAAUUGGUGGAAGAGUUCUCCUCAGUGGCUGACUUCCUGUUGGUCUACAUUGACGAGGCUCAUCCUUCAGAUGGUUGGGCGGUACCUGGGGGAUCCUCUUUGUCUUUUGAGGUGAAGAAGCACCGGAACCAGGAAGAGCGAUGUGCAGCAGCCCAUCAGCUUCUGGAGCGUUUCUCCUUGCCGCCCCAGUGCCAAGUUGUGGCUGACCGCAUGGACAACAAUGCCAACGUAGCCUAUGGGGUAGCCUUUGAACGUGUGUGCAUUGUGCAGAGACAGAAAAUUGCUUAUCUGGGAGGAAAGGGCCCCUUCUGCUACAACCUUCAAGAAGUCCGGCGUUGGCUGGAGAAGAAUUUCAGCAAGAGAUGAAAUAUAGAUUAAUUGCUUAAAGGUGUGAUUGUAAUAGAGCUAUUAUUUUUAAAAAAAACAAUGUGUAAAGGAAAGGACUUUAAGAAUUGAAUCCACUAUUUCCAUUGAGUCCCACGCCUCACUGAAAGACAGGAAUUUACGUCUCAGAAGAAGAUAAACCUCUAACAUCUCAGUACUUCCUCCAGUACUCAAAUGGCACUGGGCUAAACAAUAGCUCCAUUACAUCUCUUUUGAGUGAAAAGAUCCAAGUUAGAGAGGAAGGAACUCUGAUUCAGUAUGUAUGUGCUCUAACUUGAGAAAUGAGUGAUGCUUUCUUUGGGACCAGAAGAAAAUAGUUACUAUAGUAAUAACUGUGUUAGAGAAGCUGCUGUCUACGUUAAGAUAAAGCACAUUGCCUAGGCUUUAAUCAGUGUGGUAGAACUCAACUGGGAAAUUCUGAAAUCCUUACUUAUAAUGCACCCUUGAGCCCAAGCCAUGUGGACUUUGAAGUUCAUUGCGUUCGAGUAGUUCUAGCCAUGCAGUUCUCUGCGCCAAUCUACAUAGCCCAGAAUUCACAGAUGUAUUUGUGGAUACCAAGAAUGAUCCCUCCACCUGAAGGUUAGAAUAAUUAUUUGAAAUCUGAGUUACUUACUAAGAAGAUGUGGAAAGUAUUAGAAGAAAAUCAAAUUGGCAAGCUACAAAAGAGGAAGCAGAAAGAUUAGGAAGCUUCAUAGUGUUUCACCUUGAAACUAGAGAAAGAGAUUAAUUUGCUUACUACAGAUACAUAGGAACAUAUACAAGGUAGACAUAUGGCAACAAAGUAUGACAUACUCCUAGAUUGAGGAAGAAAGAGAGACUUACAGGAGGAAAAAACCCUCACAUUUACAUAUUUGAACUAGUGAGAUAGUUUAGAAAUAAUUCUUAAUGAAACAUGUAUGUGGUCAUACAUUUUUAGUGGGUGAAUUAUCCCCUAUUAUAAUGAUGAAAGGAAAAACCAGUGGUUCUGGUGGCACUGGUCUGUUCCUCCCCAGUUCCUGCAGUCAUUUUAUGGGUUCACUCACUGAAAGUCUCACUUUCUGCGGCAGUUGUUGUCUCUGGACAACUGAAUGCUGAGCUGAAGUUGUGGGAGACAGGCAUGCUGGCCACUCAGCUGUCUCCUUGUUUUCCUUCCUAUAACCUAAUGUAAGUGGAGUAUAAUGAAUGAUAGGUACAAGCACACACACUUUCUUCACUUGCAAAAUAGAAGAAGUAUUUUGGGCUUUUCAGGUAAUUUUGUAGGCUUUGAUGCAAGACCAUGUUAAAGGAAAUUUGGUAAAAUGGAAUUUCUAUUGGCAUCAAAAUUCACAAUUGCAUCUUUUUUUGUCUUGUCAGCUGUGAGUUAAUAGA